AUGCCUAUUUUACUUUUCCUGUUAGACACGUCCGCCUCUAUGAAUCAGCGCACUUAUUUGGGUACGACGUAUCUGGACGUUGCUAAAGGCGCGGUUGAGGUCUUUAUGAAGCUGCGUGCCCGAGACCCGGCUAGUAGAGGCGACAGGUACAUGCUAGUUACAUUCGAUGAUCCACCAUACGGAGUGAAGGCCGGCUGGAAGGAGAACCACGCCACCUUCAUGUGCGAGCUGAAGAACCUGCAGGCGUCUGGGCUGACCACGUUAGGCCACGCUCUCCGCACCGCCUUCGACCUGCUCAACCUCAACCGCCUCGUCUCCGGCAUCGACAACUACGGACAGGGCCGUAACCCCUUCUUCUUGGAGCCGUCUGUGAUCAUCACUAUCACUGAUGGGAACAAGCUCACCCACAGCUCCGGCGUGCCAGACGAGCUGCACCUGCCUCUGAACUCUCCAUUGGCUGGCAGUGAGCUGACCAAGGAGCCCUUUCGCUGGGACCAGCGUCUGUUUGCUUUGGUGCUGAGGCUGCCGGGAGCAGCCUCGCCGGACACCGAGCAGCUGGGUAGCGUCCCCACAGACGAGUCCGCCAUCACCCAGAUGUGCGAAGUCACCGGAGGACGGUCGUACUGCGUGCGAACACAGAGGAUGUUGAACCAGUGUCUGGAGUCUCUGGUGCAAAAGGUUCAAAGUGGUGUUGUCAUUAAUUUUGAGAAGACGGGGCCCGAUCCGCCUGUGGUGGGGGACGACAACCCGGUGGAGGCCAGUCGUCCCGUGUCGUCAUUCAGCGCCCAGCCGUGGCACAGUUGCCACAAACUCAUCUACGUCCGACCAAACCCGAAGACGGGGGUCCCGGUUGGGCAUUGGCCCAUUCCUGAGUCCUUCUGGCCAGACCAGAAUGCUCCAAGUCUGCCGCCUCGCUCUGCACAUCCCGUGGUGCGUUUCUCCUGCGUGGACUGUGAGCCCAUGGUGAUUGACAAGCUUCCCUUUGACAAGUAUGAGCUGGAGCCAUCUCCACUCACCCAGUACAUCUUGGAAAGGAAGUCUCCACACAUGUGCUGGCAGGUGUUUGUUAACAGCAGCGGCAAGCAAAAUGACCUGGGACAGCCAUUCGGCUACCUUAAAGCCAGCACCACGCUGACCUGUGUCAACCUGUUCGUCAUGCCUUACAACUACCCAGCAAUCCUUCCCCUCCUCGAUGAUCUGUUCAAAGUACACAAACUAAAACCAAACCUUAAGUGGCGCCAGGCCUUUGAGAUGUACCUGAAGGCAAUGCCUCCGUACUUCUUCUUGCCCCUAAAAAAGGCCUUGAGGAUGAUGGGUGCGCCCAAUCUUAUUGCAGACACCAUGGACUGUGGCCUGAGCUACAGCGUCAUCUCUCACCUGAAGAAGCUCAGCCAGCAGGCAAAGAUGGAAUCCGAUCGUCUCAUCGUGUCCGUGGGGAAGAAGGCUCCGCAGGAGCCUGGCAUUAAGGUGAAGAACCACACCGUCUCUCUGUCUUUGGCCCACCGGCGGGACUGCAAGCAGCUGCUGCAGGGGAUCACCGGGGAGGGGCCCCUUCGCCUGAUGGACAUGAACUUCAAAGAGUUUGCAGGCUUCCAGAUUGCCCUGCUCAACAAGGACCUGAAGCCUCAAGCUUAUCGAAAUGCCUACGACAUCCCAAGGCGGAACCUCCUGGAUCAAGUCACCCGGAUGCGCUCCAAUUUGCUGCGGACAUCGCAAAAACUGAUCCGAGGGCAAGACGAAGACUAUCUGCACAGCAUCCCAGUGGCUCAGAUGGGAAACUAUCAGGAAUACCUCAAAAUGAUGGCGUCUCCUCUGAGAGAGAUCGACUCUGACCAACCUAAGCGCCUGCACACGUUUGGAAAUCCUUUCAAGCAGGAUAAGAAGGGGAUGAUGAUCGAUGAGGCGGAUGAGUUCGUAGCUGGCCCUCAAAACAAGAAAAGAGGAAAUUCCAAUGACGCCAACUCCAGUACUACUAUGAAGAGAAGGCGGAGCAUGUCCCCAUUUCUGCGGCGGCCACAGACUCCCCCUGCAAGCACCAACCACGUGGUGGCAGGAAAGAGUCCGGUAGGGGUUCAGCCACCGCCGGGCCUCCUCAAACCCAUCCCACAGCACAAAGGAGUGGAUGACAACGACGUGGCGCCCAGUGAAGGCACUGAGAGUAACGGGGACGGGGCUCUGGAGCCGGAGUCGGGGGACAUCUGGCCCGCUGAGAUGGACACUGUAGCAGACAGUCCACCUCCCCCGAGCUCAGAGGAGAAGGCCGGGCUGGCAGCGGCAGACCCGGGAGAGGACGUCUACAUGGCGGAGGUGGCCGUGGUGGACAACGGUAUAGAGGAGCGGACACCGGAGGAGGAGGAGGAGGAGGAGCAACGCAACUGUGACCGGAUGAGUCCACAGAGCCAGCUGGAGGACUCUGACGCUGACCCUGCACCGCUUGAGACCAUAUUCAUAGCCCCGCUGGAUGGGAGCCACGCAGAGCUGAGGAGUCAGGUCAUCAGGGAGGUCCGCAAACCUGGGCGAAACUAUGAGACAAUACUCAGUCUCCUUCAGCAGGUCAAAGGUCCAGUUGAUGUUCAAAGGUACUUCAUCCAUCAUGCAAUCAAAGAGGCUGUCAGGUUCAAGAAGCGAGUGCUGAUCCAGCAGCUGGAGACGUCCCUCGCCGAGUUCGAGGCGAAGCAAACAACAUCCUCACAGCUUCCAAAUGACCACGGAAGUUAAUGAUGAACUUCGCUACAAAUGGGCCUAUUUUUUUCAAAUUAAACACCAUAAAAAAGGGACAUCCUGGUCGGCUGGCGUAAAAAAGAACUGAUUGGGAGUAGAAAUGCACUGGUAUCAAACACUCCCAAUGUCCCUGCGCUGUUACCUCACAUCCUGCUAGAGGAUAAGAGGUUCAGCUGGAGGAGGGGCCCUCCGGACUGAUCCACUGACGAAGUAUAAUCCUCUUCUUAUUGACAGAUGCCUUAAACAUCCAUAUGGCUUUUGUCUGUGCUGCCGCAUUGUUAGGUAGACACAAAACAAACACACACAUACUCUCUAUACAAGAUGCUGAGUGCAUGGGAUCAACGGGCACUUUCCUGUUGUCGAUGUUCUUCUAGAGCAGACCUUUCUUCAGCUGGUCUGAAAAGGGUUUGUAAGACCUCAACCACCUCCUUAAGAUUAUAUAUAUAUAUAUAUAUAUAUAUAUAUAUAUAUAUAUAUAUAUAUAUACACAGUUAAUACAAUAACUGAGUGAAUAUCUCACCCGAGCAGAACACCAGUGUUUUGGAACACCAGUGUUUUGGACUGGACAUGGACUCAUCAUCAAUACUAAUAUCCUCUUACAAUUAAAGCAAUAGAACAUGAGCUGAGAAGAACGCAGGCGUUGGUAUCCAUUUAGAGUUGAAUGCUCAAGCCGAACACACACACACACACACUGGCACACGGUGCAGUAAUACUCCACAAACACUCCAUUGAUUCCCAAAUACAACUUCAUUUGGAGGAAUUUGUGCAUCUGUCCUGGCGCAGUCGACAGUCAAUUUGGAUUUGAACAGCUGGUAAUCUGAAUCUGCAGCUUUUUAAAUGAAGCUAAGUUAGCACUCCUUUGUUUUCCUUGUUUUUUAUGACAGAUGUACACUACUUUUUAAUGUUCAUAUGAAAUAUAGAUUAUUUUUAUGAAUUUAUUUCAGAGUAUAAGAAAUAUUUUGAAUGAAAUGUUUAAAGUAAAUUUUGUAUACUGUUAAAUACAUAUAUAAAACUGAAAGUUUUAUGAACCUG